AUGGCAUCGAGCAUUGAUAAGCUAGCAUCCAACCUUACCGAUAAUGACAAAAGCAUUACUCAAAAAUAUUAUAAAAAUAUUGAUGAGUUCAAAUUAGUUACCCGCAAAGGUGUAUUUCCUUAUGAAUAUAUUGACUCAAUCGAUAAAUUAAACUAUGAUCGUUUACCAGAAAAAAAUAAAUUUUACUCGAAACUUAAUGAUGACAAUAUUUCUGAUGCGGAUUAUCAACAUGCUCAACAUGUAUGGGAUAAGUUUAACAUAAAAACUUUAGGUGAAUAUUCGGAUCUAUACUUAAAAACUGAUGUAUUGUUACUUGCGGAUAUUUUCGAGAAUUUCCGUUAUAAUUGUUAUAAGACCUAUGAAUUAGAUCCAGCACAUUAUUAUACAAUUCCUGGAUUAGCUUUCGAUGCGAUGCUAAAGCAUACGGGUGUUAAAUUAGACUUAUUAGAUGAUGCUGAAAUUAUACUUUUCUUUGAGAAAGGUAUUCGAGGAGGUGUUUCACAGUGUACAAACCGAUAUGCUAAAGCAAAUAAUCGAUUUAUGGGUCAAAAUUUCAAUAAAAAUGAUCCAGAGUCUUAUAUAAUGUAUUAUGAUGUGAAUAAUUUAUAUGGAGCUGCGAUGUGCUCUUCUCUACCAUAUGGAUCUUUUGAGUGGGUUGAAGAUUCAGAAUUCGAGAAUGUUAAUAAUGUAAAUAACUUUUUGAAUGAUAAUGAUGAUGUAGGAUACAUUUUAGAGGUAGAUUUAGAUUACCCACUUGAACUUCAUGAUAACCAUAAAGAUUUACCAUUAUGUCCCGAACAUUUCAUUCCACCGGGAAGCAAACAAUCCAAAUUAGCUACAACACUUUAUUCAAAGAAAAAAUAUGUCAUUCAUUAUAAGAAUUUGAAGCAAAGUCUUGAGUUAGGUUUGAAGCUUGUAAAAAUCCAUCGAGUUUUGCGAUUCAGACAGUCAGAAUGGCUUAAACCAUAUAUUGAAAAAAAUACUGACUGUCGAAAAUUAGCAAAAAAUGACUUUGAGAAAGAUUUUUAUAAGCUUAUGAAUAAUGCUGUAUUCGGUAAGACGAUGGAAAAUGUUAGGAAACAUAAAGAUGUAAAAAUGACUAGUAAAUGGCUUGGAAGAUAUGGAGCAAUAAAUAUGAUUUCAUCUCCAAACUUUCAUAGCUUCAUGAUUUUCAAUGAAAACUUGGUUAUUAUUGAGUUAAACAAAGUUAAUGUAUAUUUCAAUAAGCCGAUAUAUAUUGGUUUUAGUAUUUUAGAUUUAUCAAAAACAUAUAUUUAUGAUUUUCAUUAUAACUAUAUAAGAGAAAAGUUUAGUGGUGAUAAAUCAAAAUUACUAUAUACAGAUACCGAUAGUUUAAUAUAUCAAUUUAAUAUACCUAAUGUAUAUGAACAUAUCAAGCAAGAUAUAGAUAGAUUUGAUACCUCAGACUAUCCUCAUGAUAAUAUUUACAAUAUACCAUUAAAAAAUAAAAAAGUAUUAGGUCUCAUGAAAGAUGAGAACAAUGGUAAAAUUAUGACUGAGUUUGUUGGUUUAAGAGCUAAGCUCUAUGCUUAUAAAGUUCCUGAUUGUUCUAAGCCUGCAGAUAGAAUUAAAAAGAGAGCAAAAGGUGUUAAAGGUGCAGUUGUACGGAAAAUUAAGUUUGAUGAUUAUAAAGAUUAUAAAGAGUGUCUAAUGAAUCAUAUUAACAUUAGACGUCAUUAA